AUGGAAACCGACGGCAGCAACAGCGGCAUCGACGACAACAGUAUAAAUACACCACGGCACUCCGGGUUUGAUGGUCUACAAUCAUCCAGCAGCAAGCUGAAUAAUGCAUCCACCAGCUCGAAGGAUGAAACAAUCUCGAUCAACGAACCCUCAGACAAAUCAACUACUCCUACGAAACCGGCAGAAGGAGAUAUCAUCCACAACCCGCCCAAUCUUGCCAGGAUACGGCAGGUAAUGUUUGAGUGCAAGGACCCGAUAGAGAUCAAUCUUGAGGAAUUCGAGACAUACUGGCCAUUCAUUGACAAUGUCUGGGUCAAACAAAGGUCCAACUCCAGCAAAGAGGGUCACUGCACAACAGAUUAUUAUAUGUGCCGUCUCCGACGUCCAACUCACCGCACGUCAGAAACACGCCCGCUACCCGAGGGCAAACGACCCCGCAAAAAAAGGGUGCGCGAAGGAGGCAUAUGUAAUUUCCAGAUCAAGGUGGUGAGGUUUGAGGGUGCAUACUCCACAGUGACUAUUGCCAGGACACCGGGAAGCAGUCACAUUCACUCGCACAACCUUGACUACAUCGACAAGGUGAAGCGAAAUUCGGGACUCAUGGAGUUCGCCCGGAAGGAGGCGGUCAAAGGUUAUCUACCGUCGUCUAUUUACACGAAGUUCCGGGAAGAAUCCGAGAAGCUUGUAGAAGCGGGAGGCAAGUUCUGCACCGUCACGGAUGUUCGCAACGUGUCUGCAAAAUGGAGAAUACAAAAUCCCGAAGUCAAGCUCAUGCCCCACGAUGGUUAUGAAUAUCAACAAGGGCAUGGCAUCGUGAGAUCAACAACAGCCACUGAUACAACAUUUGAUACAACGGCGGCGGCGGAGGCGGUGCCGCCGCCGUCGCCCCUGCCACCAGAUACAUUACCGUUCCCUCAAUUUGCUUUGGAUUUUCUUGAUCCCUAUCUCCCUAAUCAGAAGGGGGGCAGCAGCAGACCACAUGUCACUCUGUCCUACGCAUCUUCUAUGGAUUCUAAGAUAUCACUUCUCCCCGGAAUGCAGACGGUAUUAUCAGGCCCAGAGGCCAAAUUGAUGACGCAUUAUCUGAGGUCACGUCAUGACGCAAUCCUGAUUGGGGUUGGAACUGUUCUUGCCGACAAUCCCGGGUUAAAUUGUAGACUGGAGGGGGCAGGCGGCUUUGGAGGGCUUGGGAGAAUGUGGCAACCGCGACCAGUAGUGAUAGAUCCCACGGGGCGAUGGCCCAUUAAUUCUCAAUGCAGGAUGCUGCGAACCGCAGUGGAAGGCAAAGGCAAGGCGCCGUGGGUGAUCGUAUCACCGGGUGCCCAGAUCCAUCCUCAGAAGUUGAUGAUGUUGAAAGGAUACGGGGGCGAUUUUCUCCGCAUUGUGGAAUACAACCAACAGUGGCGCUUGCGCUGGGAGGCAAUCCUACGUGCACUUGCAUCCGAAGGCGUGAAAAGUAUCAUGAUAGAAGGUGGUGGAACCGUCUUGAGCGAGUUGCUCAACCCGGAAUACACCGAGUUUAUUGACUCGAUCAUUGUGACCGUCGCGCCGACGUACUUGGGCAGUGGGGGGGUAGGGGUGAGUCCAGAUUCCAAGAGUGACGAACAGGGGAAACCCAAUGCUGCGCUCAACCCAAGGGAGGUGAAAUGGGUGCCAUUGGGGCAGAAUGUCAUCAUGUGUGGUAAGAUUGGAGCUGCUGGCCUGGCGGAAUCAGCAACUAGAAUAUCAGGAUCUACAUAA